AUGAUGCGCUUGUCGGGCUUGGAGCUGCACUUGGCGCGGCGGAGCACCUCGGUGAUGAGAUCCACCGACGGCACGUCCUCGAGGUUCGCCGCCAUCUCUUCCCCCGCCGCCGGAACGGAAGUCGCGUGCCCUGCGGCCGGCGCGGAGGCGUCCGAGAUUCGGAAGGUGGAGCCGGUGGGUGGGUGGCAACAGGCAAUGAGAUUAGGGGGAGGGGCUGCAGGUUUGGUGCGUGCUGGUGAGAGACGACGGGAGAAACGAGGUCGUGGCGGCGGCUGGAACCUGCUGGACACGUAG